CUCCUGUUCCCACAUCAGACCACCUUACAAACUGGAGGCAGAGGGGGGGAUUGGAAUGUAUUUUGCCCUGUGUGAUGUGAUUGUUUGCAGAGAAAUGGGUUGACCUUGCCCUUUAAUGCCACACACACAUGCACACACACUGGCUCUGGCCGAACUGGAGGUGUGUGAGACAGACCUGCUGAGUGCAGGAGGUCUGGGACCCCUUCACCACUUCCUCCAGACGGAGAACAGAGGAUCCAGUCAGCUGAAGCCAGGAUGGGACAAUAAUGAGCCUUCCAGCAGCCACCACCACCUCAUUUCAGCAGCCGCUUGUCGCGCUUUGCAGGAGAGGCUUUGCGUCCAGCUGUGGUAACCAGAGGUCUGACAUCGGGGAUAUUUAUAUUUAAAUACGAUACCGAUGCACAGUGCAGACCUAUGGGAGAGCAGGGACGGCGCGAGGGGGAGGGCAGAGAAUGUGAGGCGGACUUGACUCCAUUUGUAAUGAAGGAUCUGAUGAGUGGGGUUCAGACCAAGGCUGCUGCUGCAGGACAAUGAGGAGUGGGCGAGACAAAUGAGGAAGACAUUACAGACACUUACAGCCACUUUGGGCAGAUCUCAGCCUCCGCGGUAGCCGGCCGCGGAAGGGAGGCAGCGGGGUGCGCGAGUCACCGUCUACGCGCAGGGAGGCGGACUGGUGGAGCGAGAAACAACCCCAACGAUAUGUCAAAGCUGCGAGGAGGACGUGGUGGAUUUUUGAGAACCGACGCGGCAACAUUUGGACAGUCAUACUUUUAAAAAUCAAUUCAGUGGAAAUAUUGGCUGAGCGAGCCACAGAGAUACGCGAGCAGCCUGCAGAGCGCGCAGGAACAGGAUGAGCGUGUUUUCUGCCGGGGGAGCAGGGCAGUGCGUUUGAGUGGGGUAUGGCAAACGGAGGGGACCAGUUCGGCCUUGCAGAGCGCCCGGACUCAGACUGCAUGGAUUCCCCAAAAGAGGCCAAACAGGAAAAUCUCAACUUCAACUUAAACUCGCCAGCUUCUCCGCAGACGGCGUCCAGUCAGCAGGUACCCGCCUGUACUGAGGACGAGCAGAAUGGGAUGGAAGGAAUCAAAGUUUUCCUCCAUGACAGGGAACUUUGGACGAAGUUUGACGAAGUGGGAACUGAAAUGAUCAUCACCAAGGCUGGAAGGAGGAUGUUCCCCAGUUACAAAGUGAAGGUCACAGGACUCAAUCCAAAAACCAAGUACAUACUCCUGAUGGACAUUGUGCCGGGGGAUGACCAUCGCUACAAAUUCGCAGACAACAAAUGGUCGGUAACGGGAAAGGCAGAGCCCGCGAUGCCCGGAAGGCUCUACGUUCAUCCGGACUCUCCAGCCACCGGUGCGCACUGGAGCCGUCAACUCGUGUCUUUCCAGAAGCUCAAACUCACUAACAACCACCUGGACCCUUUUGGACACAUAAUACUGAACUCCAUGCACAAAUACCAGCCUCGUCUCCAUAUAGUCAAGGCGGAUGAGAACAACGGUUUCGGCUCAAAAAACACGGCCUUCUGCACCCACGUCUUCUCCGAGACGGCCUUCAUCGCUGUGACAUCCUAUCAGAACCACAAGAUCACACAGCUGAAGAUAGAGAACAAUCCUUUUGCUAAGGGUUUCAGGGGCAGCGACGACAAUGAGCUGCACCGUAUGGCCAAGCUACAAGGUAAGGAUUACCCGGUGGUCCCUCGCAGCACUGUCCGCCAGAGAGCUUGCUCCGCCGGGAGUCCCUUCAGCGGGGAGAGUCGAGGUCUGCGCGGCUCCCUCGAGGCCAUCGCCUCCCCCUUCAGCUGUGAGAACGGCCUGAACAACGGCAGUCCGCAGGAGCUGCUGAAUGCCCCGCCCUCGCACUACACCUUGCCUCAUCCGCACCUGCAGCCUGGCCAACCGCCGCAGGUCUAUCACUGCAGUAAACGAAAAGGGGAGGAAAACUGCUCUUCGGGAAACCACCAGCAUCCGUACAAGAAAGCCUUCGCUGGUACUUCACCAAGUCAGGGGGAAUCUUUCUAUAACCCCUCCUCCUACCCCCCUCCUCCUCCAGGUCUGUCCAAUAAUCCUGCCCUAGGUCUCACCGACUCCCCCUACGGCUCAGACAUGGGACAGCGUCAGGCGUGCAUGUUUGCCGGCUCAGAGCCCAGAAUGGAUGAACUCAGCUGUGCAUCCUGGUCGUACACCUGCCCGCUCCCUGCUGCCAUGACCCCUAUGGAACCCUACCCACCUUAUACCCCCCACCCUCCCUACAGCUCCAGCCCCCAGGGGUCCCGACUCAGCGCUAUAGCCCACCAGGGCUCUCCGCCACUGGGAGAGCACAUCGCCCACGACCCCUACCAGAGCCAGACCUCGGGACCUCCAUCUCAGAGCUCCCAAAACAUUCACAGCAGGCAGCUCAGCUCUCCUCUCAGAGAGUAUCCUCGCUACACGGCCAAUUUGUCCCCUCCUCUCUACCACACACUAGAGACGCACACACACAUCAGAUGUGGAGUCCCAGAAUGGAGCGCCGCCUCCUAACUGAACCAGAGAGAACUAAAUGCCUGAAACACUAAUCGUGGGACGGAGAUUCCUCGCGCCAGAUCCAACGAACCCUCCUCUCGCGUCUCUGAGAGAUGCUGCGCCGUAUAUAUAUAGACUCGAUAUUACUUUUGUAAAAUAUUUGUGAAAAGUGUGAUCUUGUGCUGUGUGAAGAGGUCUCAUCUGUUUGUCUCGUUUCUCCCCUCUGCUGGAAGGAGCAGUGGACGGUGAAGGUCCAGACAUCUACGAUGCUCCUCAAAAAAAAAAAAAAAAAAACGUAGCUCCUUCCCAGCAGUAAACUGAACAUCAGAGUUGUAUGGUGUCUUCUAAAUGUUUGCACUGUGAACCCCCGUGAAGCCCAGACCCACGGACAGCGCUAGGCGGUUUUCCUCUCAAUGACUCACACUCUUUGCAUUGUAAAGGAUGUAAAUUGUGACCCACUGUCAGACAGCCAGUAACAUUUAUUGAGCAAAAUAAUCUCAGCUCUCACAGCGGAGCCUGAGGGAGACAUGUUUUCUCUUUAGCGGAGCAAAGCACGGCUCCCUGCUCGGUCUCAGUGAAGGAGAAAAGGCAUGAGUUGUCUGAGUGUGUGUGUGUGUGUGUGCGUGUGUGUGUGCGCGCACGCCGUGUGUAUGGAAAGCCUGUGUCAGUUCAACUCAAGGAUGCUAGGAGUUAAUUUUCAAUGAGGUAGUCAGUGGUAGCCGCAGGCGCUGCACCAUAGAGAUAAACAGUUUGUUUAGAUCAUGCUACAGGCGGAAGGACCUGUAAACACAGUUCCCACUGCAUUCUGGGUAAAUGCACAACUCAGCAUCACGAAGCUGUCACUCCUGUCCUCUCAGUCACCCCCGUCUGACCAAUCAGCUUCCUCCGUUCAUCGAGAGCUGGCCAAUGAGCAUGCGGCUUUGUUUUAUCCCCAGCUGACCAGUAAGAGCUGGAGUGCAACUUGUUUUUUGUGUGUGCGUGCGUGUGUGUUGUUCCAUUUGUGUUUGUUUGUGAAUUAUUCAUGAGUCCACUGUCGAUUCUUGACAUGCGAGGGUUACUCAGCAACUUCAAAAAAAAAAAAAAAACACGGUGCUGGAAAUCAUUUUUUAUGCGCCAACUCUCACUGGUCUCCUUCAGUCUGAACGGGUCCGUGUCACAUCCAUGCUACCUUAACUGAUCUGAUUAGAGUUGGUAAAGUUCAUUUCCAGUGGACUUGAGGUGCUUUCUUCCUUGUAGCUAAUUCUAACGAAACAUUUGUGGGUAUUUUUUGUGCAGAAUAGAUGCAAGUUGAGAUUUAUUAUUAUUUUUUUUUUUUUGUGCUAUGAAGCAGAUUUUGGAUGUCUGUCCAGGUGUUUAACAUGCAGUAACUUGUGAUAAGGUGAUCUAACAUCACAAACCGUCAGUAUGCAGAUAACUCAUAACUCCUUUAUUGUGUAUUUGUGUGUGUGUGCGUGAGCGUGUGAGACAAUGAGGUGUGAGGAUUGUUUUAUAAGUUGUUUUUUUUCUGCUAAUAGUAUUUAUUACUCUAGAUUUGUAAAGACUAGGUCGUUGUUAACAUGUGAAUCAAAGAUGGCAUUCUUCAGAGACGUUUGUUUCUCUUUGAGGGUUUGUUUCCGGUUUCACCUCCCAUCUCCAAGUGGUGACAAAUAGUUGUGAUAAGCAAACAAACCUUUAUGUUCCAUCAAAAAAAAAUAAAUAAAUGCAGAUUUAUAAGCAGAAAUUGAAUAAAUUUUAGAGAGAAAGUCGA